GAGAAAAAUGAACCAGUUCAACGGGGCGUUAUGAACAACGACGGAAUACCUGAGGAUCUGACCACCAAUAUCCUGUGGAGGCUCCCGCUAGGAGAGUGCAUCUUCCGAUUCCGAUGCGUCUCUAAAUCAUGGUGCGAUCACCUCUCGGAUCUCUCUUUCAUUCGGCGCAAGCUUUCUUCUCCUCCUUCUUCUAGACGAAUUUUGAUCCAGUGCUUCAGCGAUAAAUUCCGACCACCAGUUUGCACUCUGUAGUCGCCGCCCGACUCAGUCGUCGCGCCUCUCCUCUCCUCCGUCCAGCAGCAGUUCUUCUUGAACGACGAAUCGAAAUUCGCUGGAUACUGCAACGGCCUGUUUUGCAUAGCCGUCGCCGACUGCGCCAACCAAAUGGAUUUGAUUCUCUGGAACCCUGCCACCUUUGAAACCAAGAUUGUUGCAGGCAACCCUUUCUAUAGUGUCCAGGAAGGUUCUACAACGGUUCGAUUCAGCAUCAAACGACUACAAAAUCGUUACACAACGUCAACUGUUGGAUUUGGUUUUGUUUUAAUUCGGAUUUCCAUUUUUUUACACAAAUAGAACGAGUUCGUUGUGCUCUACAAAAUAAGAUCCAUUUUUAAUAUUUUUUGAGGAAAAAAAAUAUUCUUGCCUCUCGGUACCAACUGCAUACCAUAUGGUAUCUUCUUCGGUUUUAAUUCGUUUUUGAAAACGUUUGCACAGAACGAACGAGUUCAUCAUGAUCUAUUAGAUCUACAAAUUUCUGGGUGAACAAAUUACAAAAAUACCACACAAUACCACAUAAUACCACUCUGGUACGAGGUGGUAUCUUGUGGUACACAAUGUUAAAAGUCGUAAAUAACAGUUAAUAUACUUCUACUAUCAUGUAUUCAACCAUCUUACCGUCUUGGUUUGUUCAUACCACCAUGGUAUGCUUUUCAAACCAUAGAUAUGUUUUUAUUUCAAUUCCAGUCAAUACCAUAUGGUAUAGACUCGUAAAAAAUGGUCCAAUUUUUUUUUGUUCCAAAAAUAUAUCAAAGUGGAUAUCAUUUUGAAAAACACAAUUAAUUUGAUCUAACUGUGUAAAAAAAUUAAAUUUCAACUUAUAACGAUUUAAAGAUCGUCCGUCAAAGAUUAACAAGGGAAAAUUAAUUAGAUUAUGUAUGAUUAUUGACCAGAAGAUUAUUGACCAGAUCUGCUCCCCAUUUUACCUAGGUUUAGAAUUAUUAGUUUAAGGAAAAGAAUUUAUGAGAUUUACCCUAUAAAUACCUACUUUUGCUCUAGGUUUUAUAGACGAGAAGAAGCAGCCCGUAUUUCAGUUCAGCGGCGCUAUGCACAACGACGGAAUACCUGAGGAUCUGACCAACGAUAUCCUGCGGAGGCUCCCUUUGGGCAAGUGCAUCUUCCGAUUCCGAUGCGUCUCCAAAUCAUGGCGCGAUCUCCUCUCCGAUGCGUCUCCAAAUCUGCCUUUGAUCCAGUGCUUCGGCGAAAAAUUCAGGCCACCAGUUUACACUCGGCAUUCGCCGGCCGCCGCGCCCCUCCUCUCCUGCGCCGUCCAGCAGCAGUUCUUCUCCGACGACGAAUCCAGGCGCCCGAAAGUUGCAGGCUACUGUAACAGCCUGUUCUGCAUCGCCGACGGCGACAACAACCAAAAGGAUCUGAUUCUCUGGAACCCGGCCACCUCUGAAACCAAGGUUGUUCCAGGUAACCCUUUCUUCACUUACCAGGACGAUUCGCCCACUGUUGGAUUUGGUUUCGAUUCGGCAACGAAUGACUACAAAAUCGUUAUACAAUGUGAAUGGAGGAGUGAAUGGGGCCGGAGUUGUAAUAAUGAGUUGGGGAUCUAUAGUCUGAGGAACGAUUCGUGGAGGUGGAGGAGGAUGGUUCACGAUUGGGCGAAUCUCCCCUCCGGCCAAGCCCCGCAAUUCCACGAGGGGAAGCUGUAUUGGUGGCAGCCGAGGGAGAGGGAUUUAUGUGUCACUUUAUUCGACCUGGCCAGAGAAGCACGAGGAAUCGAUAGUUGCUCUGUUCCUCGUUUAUGAUGAUGGUCCAAGAAGAACAAGUACAUCAGGCUGGGAGAUGUGGGUGCUUUUGAAGUACUAUUUGAUGGGUUUCUGCACCAAAUUGUUACUUGUUAGGAAGCCUCCUCCUACUGAAACGAGCACGCUUAGCUUUGCUGGGAUGCAGAGGAAUUUGAACUUCUUUUCCUUGCCUGAUUCUACUAGCAGUGGGGUUGAUGAGGAAGGUGAGUGCUCGUUGUCUAAGUCCAAGGAGUGCCCCUUCGUGUUUUGUCCCGAGACUGGAAAACUCAGCAAGCUUGAGUUGCCGUCUCCCUUUAAAUCGUGGCCCCAAGUUCAAGUCAUAGCUAAUUAUGUACCCUCCCAUGUUUCUUUUCGGGAUCUUUACAUGUAAAGAAAGCUAUGAUUUUGUCAUUAUAUAUAAGACUUUCGCGAUAUAGGUGGUCUCGGUACGUGGUUUUUGUACGGUGUCUCUUGUUGGUGUCGUCAUUGUAAGAAAUAUAGAUUUAGUAUUGAUCUUCGUGUUGAAGAGAUUCAUGGUCGAUAUAAUAAUACUCAAGAUAUUAUUUUUCACGCUCUUCCCUCGUCGUCAACGACUAUCAAUCUGUAUCUUUUGUAUAUUACGAGUAAAUGAGGAUUAAGGACUGUCCGACACGCGAGAGGCCAUGACAUAUCACCAAACAUCUAUUUUCUUCCCCCCCUAAAAUCCCUAAUUCUUACUCUCCCUUGACUAAGCAUCAACAUAUAUAGGGCUAGUUUGGCCAUGCGGUACCUUUUGCAGAAGCAGCUUCUGGCUUGAACUUUUAGAGAAGCACUUUUAAAAAAAAAAAGCAGUUGAGUGUUUGACUGGAAACUUAUUGGAAGUGUUUUUUAAUAUGAGUGGUUGUGUAAAAUGACUAUAGACUUAUAAUAUAAACUAUGAAUAAAAAUUCUAAACAAUAAAAACUAGUCAAAAUGGAUCUUGUUAGAUUUCUUUUAUAUUAAAUAACAUGAUUUUAUAAUGAUAUAAAUAAAAGAAAGUUAUAUUUUAUGAAAUAAAAUUAAAAUAUGGUAAAGAUAAUCUUGUAUUUUCAAAAUAGUUUUUCGCAGAUGCUACAAAUCUGAGCUUCUGCUUUUAUGUUAUACAAAAGCGCUUUUCGAGUUUUCAAAAACCAAACUUUUAGAAGUGUUUGGCCCUGCUUCACCUUUUGAAACCUAUAAACACUUCUAAAAGUUGUGCCAAACAUAGGCAUAGUCUAGAAUAUGAAUAGUAAUUGGGGUGCCUGAUUUUUGUAUAAUGUCUCACUUUGCAGGUAUUCUAUAGAGCAUUUAGCAUUGUAGUUGAUGUAAUAUAAAUGAAGAUUUGUGCUUCAUCUUGUGUUCCUCGGAAUACAAGCACUAAUAAUUUAUUGGGCUAAUUCCACUAGGAAGCCCAAACUAUCUAAAAAGUAUCAUUUGUGGUCUAAACUAUUCAAUAUGACAAAUCUGACCCAAACUAUAUGCAUUUUGUGUCAUUUGUGGCCUAAACUAUUCAAUAUGACAAAUAUGGCCCAAACCAGAUAGAAGCUUACUACAUUUUCUAUGAUCUUCUAACGGUCAACUUCGGUCAACAUUAACAAAAAAAAAAUAAUUUGGGCCAUAUUUGUCAAAUUGAAUAGUUUAGAUCACAAAUGACACUUUUUGAAUAGUUUGGACUUCCUAGUGGAAUCAGCCCUAAUUUAUUUAAGUGUUUAUAGUUGUGAGAUAGAGUCGUGGUUGUUGGUUUAUGUACCCAAAAGUCAAAUUGCAAGAAGAGUAAAUUAGAAUUGAAUGAACACACAAAACCGCGACGGCGACGUACUUUGAAAAAUUGUUUCUUUUAUGAUUUGCUUUGGUCACUGGACCUUGAUAUCAGGACCCCAUAUCCAGCCAUAUAGCGCAGUUUUGAUUGAGUUUUGGAUUGGAUCGGUUCAGAUUGGGUCGGGUCGGGUGUUUGGGUCAUUUUGUUUUCUGUAGAGAAGCACCGAUUGUCAUUUCAGCAGAAAGAGAGAGGUGCUGAACUACUCAAGGAUGAUGAUAUGUCUGGUUCUUUGAACUGUCUAUCCAAUCCAUUCUACACCACUCGAUCCAACCAGCAGCACCAGCCGCAACGCCGGAGAUGUUGUUCUUUGAGUCCUACUGCCCGUGACAGACAAAAUCCCCAUCUUUAUGAUAAAAUUUGUAACAUAGCCUCUCUCUCUCUCUCUCUCUCUCUCUCUCUCUCUCUCUCUCUCUCUCUCUCUCUCUCUCUCUCUGUUCUUGAUAAUUCAUGGCCAAUUGGCCAUCAAAUCCUGGCUGUCCAGUCCACAUCUUGUACAGAUAAAAUUAAUAUUAUUCUAUUUCCCCAACAUGGGAAUCCCAGGGUUAGCGACUGAUCAUGGACAAGCCUUUUCUUUUUUGGCUUCUUGUUUGACUCCACAUACAAGCUGUAGCUGUUACUUCCUUUUUUUUUUACACCAUCUGUUAGUUUGGAUGGGUGGUGUUGAGUGUGUUAAGAGGUUGACAUAAGCGUAGUCAGAUCUGAAUUUGAGUGGGGGGGUGCAGAGGUUGGUUUUUUGGGAGCGCGAUAGUGAAGUUGACAUAUGUGUAGGUCACUUUUUACCACCGUACAUGAGAUUUUCACCUCAACCGACUUGUUGUUCGAUUCUCUCGAAACCAUUGAAUCCCGAGUUAAGUGAGAUAGACCUCAACCGACUUGUUUUUCAAUUCUCUCGAAACCAUUGAAUCCUGAGUUAAGUGAGAUAGACGGGAGCGAAGGUGAAGAGACACGUCAAGCUGCUUUUAGUAUGUUGAAUCGUGAAUCAGAUGAUUCAUGGUAGGGACCUGAGUCCAUUUGACAAUGAACAUCUAGGCAUUUUUCAGCUCAUAAUUGUCCUCAAGUGGGAUCCCGAGGAGAGGUGGCAAAUGGAUUGAUCCAUGGAUUGGUGGAUUGGAUUGGUGGAUUCAUGGAUCAAAUGGAUUGGAUCCAAUUGAUUCAUGGAUUCAUGGAUUGGAUCAAGUAGAUUGGUGGAUUAUCUAUGCAUCCAAAUGACAUCCUCAACCAAAGGACCAAUUUGCAAAAAGUGAAAAGUUUAUGUACUAAAAUGUCAUAAUGAAAAAUUUUAGGUACA